GCUUCGACCCGUAAGUCUUGGACUAGUGCAUUACACGAUAUAAAUUAAAUCUGAUAGUUCGCAGUGGUUUGUUUGAUUUCAUCUUAUCUCUUAAAUGUACUCUUAAAACAAUUGCAGACCACCGUCGCAUCAAUAUCUUAGCAGAAAUGACGAGAAAAGUUCUAUUUAUGAUAUUUCUUGUCGUUUUUUUGAUAAAUCAAGGUGAGAGUACUUUGUACUGUUAUAGAUGUAUGAGUAACCAACCUGGAUGUGGUACACCUUUAAAUUGGCUGUGGUAUUGGGGAGAAGUGUGUCCAGAAUAUGAUGACAAGUGUGUUAAAAUAAUCGAACGAAAAGGAGCCGAGACAGUCAUCACACGUGAAUGCUUAAGUUCCGUCACUAGCUUUAGAACGGAUAUUCCUGCUGAUCAUUACGAAGGUUGUAGGCCCGCUGCUAAAGAUGUCCGAUUAGGUCAUUAUGUUAACAAUAGUAUACAUCAAUUAGAUAUUCAUCGUGAUUAUUACGAUGAAGUUACUUGGUGUUUUUGUUACUUUGAUAAUAGAUGUAACAGUGCAACAAGUAUUACUGUUUCAGCAUUUAUCAUUAGUUUAGGAAUUGCAAUACAUAAUUUCAUAUCUUGAGGCUCUUGUACAUUUUCAACAUAUUUCUCUUUAAAUUUCUAACUUACAUUUAUUCUAAUAUCCCUAUGAGCAAAGUGCUAAAAAUCUGUAGAGAGAUUGCUACAAAUUCAGACACAGCGGUGUAUAAACAGAUGUAUGUCAAAUAGUGCCAUUUUUCACAAAUUGGUACUAAAUUCUGAGCAGAUCUGUUCAAUACGAGUAGCAGCAUCUUUGCGUUAGACAGAUCUGCUCAGAAUUUAGUGCCAGUUUGUCAAUUGACUUGCAAACUGGUUUUUUUUGUUUUUUUUUUUGUGUUUUAAUCUGUGACCGUUUUGAUAACAAAUGUGUCGCGGACAUUUAACGAAAUCUGUUCGACAUACUUGGCUAACAGGGAUAUUAAACUCGUACAUAAAAAGUAAAAUUGGCACAUAUCGCACUGCCGUCCAUUAAUUUAGAUAAAAAAAAAAACUUAUAAGCCGUCCAUUAGAUAAAAA